AUGUGUAGACAGGAAGAUCCCAUGAAACUGGUAGCUUGGAUCUGGAUGGUCUCCUGCAACAAGAUGAUAGGGGUCCUGCUUGUCUUUUUUCCUGCUAUCCUCUUGGAGAUGGAUUUUCUCCCCAAGAAUACUGGCAGAAAGAUUUUGAUUUCAGCAGCUUCCUCCCAAAGAUCAGUAGCCAGAAUGGAUGGGGAUGUCAUUAUAGGAGCCCUCUUUUCAGUUCAUCACCAACCCCCAGCUGAGAAGGUACCAGAAAGGAAGUGUGGUGAGAUCCGAGAGCAAUAUGGCAUCCAGAGAGUUGAGGCCAUGUUUCACACUCUGGAUAAAAUAAAUUCAGACCCAGUUUUGCUGCCCAACAUCACUUUAGGCAGUGAAAUUCGAGAUUCCUGCUGGCAUUCCUCAGUAGCCUUGGAACAGAGUAUUGAAUUCAUAAGGGACUCCUUGAUCUCUAUCCGAGAUGAAAAAGAUGCUCUGGGUCGCUGCCUGCCAGAUCCUUUAUAUCACCAUCAGGUCAGGGCCAAAAAACCCAUUGCUGGUGUUAUUGGUCCGGGUUCCAGUUCUGUGGCCAUCCAAGUGCAAAAUCUGCUUCAACUUUUUGAUAUUCCUCAGAUUGCUUAUUCUGCAACCAGUAUUGACCUAAGUGACAAAACUUUGUACAAAUAUUUCUUGAGGGUGGUUCCAUCUGAUAUUCUGCAAGCUAGAGCCAUGCUUGACAUCGUCAAACGUUACAACUGGACAUAUGUAUCUGCUGUGCAUACUGAAGGAAACUAUGGAGAGAGUGGCAUGGAAGCUUUCAAGGAACUGGCUGCACAGGAGGGCCUUUGUAUUGCUCAUUCAGACAAGAUCUACAGCAACGCAGGAGAAAAAAGCUUUGAGAAGCUGUUACAGAAGCUCCGGGACAGGUUACCAAAGGCCAGAGUUGUGGUUUGUUUCUGCGAAGGGAUGACUGUCAGGGGAAUCCUCAUGGCUAUGAGACGCUUGGGAGUACUUAGAGAGCUUUUACUGAUUGGGAG